UGUGGUUGGCCAGGAGCGACUCUCAGUGCGGAAGAAACCCAGAGAAGCACACAUGCAUGCAAUGAAAACACGCUUGAUAGGACAGAAGAAAGAGAGUACAGACUAAAAGCGUCAGUUCUGGUGUUACCGUAAACGCAACACAGGGCUGGGUUUCCCAAAAUCAGCAUGGGGACCAGAACCACGGCGUGCGAACACCCGGAGAGUUGAGGGCAACUAACUCUGCGCGAGCUGCGAGAUGACGUCAGACAGCUCGAGCGUUCUGGAGAGCUCUGUGCUCGUGGCACCGGUGACUGCUCUGGAGUUUCUUGGAGAUGACUGUCUUCUGACAGGUGAUGGACCAGUCCUGUCCGUCUUCUGUCUCCAAGCUUCACCUAGACACUGCGCCUCACUCAGUGUUCUCCAUAACUACUAUAUCCAUGGGAUACGGGCCAAGCAACCAAAUAAAGAUGAUGGUAACGAAGAGGCAGAGCUAGUAGUUUUUGGUGGAAAAGGUGUUCGUCUUAUUAGUGUCAUGCCUCAUGGACAUGGCUUGGAGGUAGUUGGCCCUCUCUUGGAGCUCCAGGAUUGGGUGCUGGAUGUUUCUUGGUUGAAGGAAGAGGUCCACCCAUUACUAGGUGUAUCUCUUGCUCAUAAUGCUGUACUGCUUCUAGAGCCGGAUUCUGGAAACAUCCUAGCCUUCUGUUCAUGCGUGGAAGUGUGCCUUCUCUACUCUGCACUUCUGAUUGGUCCAAGCUGGGAAACUUCAGUACUGGUGGGAGGGACUGUCUUCAACCAGCUGGUGCUAUGGAGACCAGUGGGGACCAAAGUGAACGAGCAGUCCAAAGUUGAGAGACGUUUGCUGGGGCACAGCGGCGUGAUUUUCAGCCUGUGCUACCUCCAGAGCUCCGGGUGGCUGGCUUCUGCCUCAGAUGACCGCAGCGUUCGUAUGUGGCACGUGGGCCGGCUGGGCGGAGAUGGAGGGUGUGGAGAAGAUUCACCUACAUGCCUGCGAGUGCUCUAUGGGCACCAGGCCCGGGUGUUCUGUGUCAGACUCACACCUGGUCGUGUGUUCAGCGCUGGAGAAGAUGGGUCCUGCCUGCUGUGGGAGUGGGGGGCAGAGGGCAGAGUGGGAAGAACAUUUAAAGGUCAUAGGGCAGGUGGAAUCAGGGCACUGGCUGUCAGUAAGGGACAGGCAGGAGGUGGAGGUGGCUGGGUGGCUACAGGAGGGGCUGAUGGAGGAAUAUGUGUAUGGAGGCUGGCUGAGGGGAAUGAACCGGAGAAAGAGAAAAAAGGGGGCGAGACCCAGAUUGAUUUGAGGUUUACAGGGAGAGGGUGUCCUAAGGUGGUGCGUUUAGUAGGAGAGUGUGAUUCUGUUCUCGUCUGCACCGACCAGGGCGAAGUGCUUUUGCAUCAAGAUGGAUGGUGGGAGCCGAUAUGGAAUGGUGGUCUGGAAUUCCAGUCGUAUUGUGUGAUGGAAGUAGCAAGCAUCCGAUUUCAGGAUUCCAUUUCUGGCAUGGGAGUAUGGUUGUGCGCGGUGGGUAACCUUAGUGGAGGUAUCUGGGUGUUUUCUCUGUGCCAGCCUAACUCAGGCAUGCUACUGCAGGCAGGUAAGGGGAAGAUCCACUCUUUACAGUGGGUGGAAGGACAGGGUGCAGGUCAUGGUUUGUGCCUCCUAGCUUCUGGUUCAGAAGGGCUGGUUUCUAGAUGGAUGGUGUGGGUGGAGAUGGAGGAUGAGAUGGGGCUGGUUCUGCGGGUGGAGAAGCUGACGGCGUUCCUGCUGCCGCCUUGCGCCAAACGCUGGCUCACCGCCGCAGUCACACUGCCGUGCAGAAAGGGGGUGCUGUGGGUGUGUGGCGACCGCCGUGGCUCGUUGCUGCUUUACAGAGAGAAAGAGGGAGACAGGAAGGUUGAAGAGGGAAGAGAGGGGGGAAAGAAUGCCGAAGAGGGAUGUGAUUGGGAGCACAGGGAAGAAGAUGCUGGAAGGUCUGCGGGAGAAAGGUGGCGCAUGGGGCCAUGGAGUGGCGGGGAUCACAUCGCUGCUCCUCUCUCCCCUGUCAGCAUGCUGUUCGGCAUCCAUGGGAAGCAAGGUGUGACGAGCGUGUGUGAGCGCCAGCGUGUGUGUUACAGCACCGGCCGGGAUGGGUAUGUGCGGGUUCUGAUGGUAAACGGCAACACUCUGUAUGUGCGCCGAGCUGUCCGUGCAUGCAGGGGGAUGGAGUGGCUAGAAAAGAUCCUGUUCCUGGACGCCGGCGGACCGGAACCGCACACCGAUGCUCGGGAGACCAGUGAAGAAGAGUGUGAGGAAGAAGAGGAGGAAAAAAUGAGAGAAAGAGUGCUAGGGAACGAAGGAGAUGAUGGAGAAGAAAGAGGCCGAAAUAAGGAUGAAUUGUGUGAAGAGGCAGAAGUGACAGACAGAAUGGGAGAGGUUGUGAGCGAAGGGCUAGCGGAAGCCCGCUUUGUAAUGGCUGGCUUCCACUCUGUCCAGUUUGCUUUGUGGGAUCCACUGAGGCAGGAGAAGCUGUUCUCUGUGGCCUGUGGAGGAGGACACAGGUCCUGGGCUUAUACCCCACCUUCUCAAACACAGCCAUCCAGCCACACACUCAGCCAAGGCACCCUGGUCUUCAUCAAACAAGGGGAUGUUUUGGCAUCUCGUUCCUUAACUUCCACUCCAGCUGACAUAGGAGGGCAUACCCUAAGGGAGGGGCUUCACGGCCGGGGUCUGGGGUGUAUUUGCCACCUUGGCGGUGUUUCCAGGGGCGGGGUUUCACCUAAAGUGUGGGAGGUGCUGGUCACGGCUGGUGAGGAUACCACGGUGACCAUUCUCACUAUCGAACCCAAGCAGGGUGCAAUGAAAGUGCUUGCUGUUAUCAAUGACCACAUCUCGAACGUUCGGACACUGGCUGCAGUCAGAAGAACAGCAAAGGAUGAAGGAAAGGGUGACAGGCAAAUAGAUGCAUCCUGCGCUUUCUCAGCCAUGCUGUUUUCUGCUGGGGGGCGGGCCCAGCUACAGUGCUACCGGCUCCUGAUUGGCUGGGAUGAGCAAUUAAGCUAUCCCAUCUGUCAGGUGACUCAAAUUGCCGGCCACCGUUUGGACGAGCACUGGGAGAGAAGACGGAAUCGACAUAAGACUGUGAAAAUGAACCCUGAGACGAGGUACAUGUCAAUGACAGUACUACGUGAUGACAUAGAGGAGGUCCUCCUGGCACUUGCCUGCAGUGAUGGAGCAUUAAGGCUUUUCUCUGUGAAAGAGGACUGUAGGAAGAUUGAACUGCUAUGGGAGACUUUUUAUCACCAGCGCUGUGUGCUCAGUGUUGCCUCCUAUAGGCUGGAGGAUGCACAGGGCCAAUGGCAUGUGGUGUUGUUCAGUGGGGCUACAGAUGGUGCUGUAGCGCUGUGGGAUCUGAGUGCAGUAAUGAACAGUAAAUCCAAGGACAGCUGGCAAUAUCCAUCUGCUCCUUGCUCCACUAUCCCCGUCCAUCAAAGUGGAGUGAACACACUCAUUCUAUCAAAAUAUCCAGAAGCAGGACACACAGGUGAAGAUAUCAUCAGUUUGGCUAGUGGUGGUGAUGAUGGACAAUUGUCUGUAAUGAAGAUCAGACUCCUAUUACAUCAUAAGGAAUCAGGUGGCGUGUUUCCACAGCUGCUUUCUCUUUGGUCAGUACCAUUAGCACACUCUGCUCCUCUGACUGCCCUAAGUGCUCCAAGUCCUGGAAGGCUGGUAUCUGUCUCCCCAGACCAGCGUGUGUGCGUGUGGUGCUUAUGUGGUGAUGGACUUCACCACCACGCGACGAUGUUCUCACACACUGCAGAUGCUGCAGGGCUGUGGGCGUGGCAGAGGGAGGGUGGGGCCUAUGUGGUGGUGUGUGGGCAGGGCUUGCAGCUUGUGAAGGUAAUGGAACAUAAGAAAGAAGACAUGAGGAGAAUGGGAACAGGAUAUGGAAGAAAGAGCGUGAUUGCAGACCAUUUCAUUUAAUUAAGCUCUCAUUUGAUUUGCAGAACUGCCCGAGCAUAAUCCAACGGAAUUUUUUAUGCAAAGAUUUUAAUGAUAAAAAUAAAAUUUCCUUAAUAAUUUAA